CUGCAAGGAUCCAGUCGAGCCAGUGAGCCACGGUCUAGGGAGCCCAGCAGUCAGGGAUACGUUACUCGCCAGUGCUUGCCCUUUCUCAAAAAAGUCCUGUACAGAAGACUCAAGAGAUCCUGGCUCAAGCUGUUGCGAAUCAGAAACACUGUACGGACUGUCUCAUCCUCACUACUGUUUCUGCCCUCGAAGCGACUCACACCUGUUUGCACCCUGCGAAACUGGUCCUAAUCCUGUUACCCUUGAUCCCCCGUUGGCCAACUUGCCUUGUCGCUGCACCUGUCAACCGCCAGAACUGCGGACUGCCCCUUUGGGCCCCUCGAAAGACCGACUCAGCGCACCUGAACUUCGUUUUCAGUCUUCUUUCGCCAAAAGACCACAUUGAUACCUGCGUUCGACGACAGCAUCGCUCCCGUUAUACGCCUGGGAGAUUGAAUCACUCGCCGAUUCGUCCAUCACACCACCCGCCGCCCCCUUGCGAACCUCCAAUAGACACCAGAAGCCUACAGUCUUCAGUCACAGACGUACCCAUUCUACCACGUUUAGACGCGACAUAUACAUUGCGCAGAGGCAAUCUUCAAAGGGACAAAAACAAAGAAAGAGACGUUGCUCCAAAUCAUGGCUGGUUGAUAAGCGCCAUGUUCUGGUCCGAAGCGAAACCCAGAGUUAUAGACUGUUCAGAACAGGCGUUUCGGCCCUUUCGCGAAAGUCCAUAUACACGACACUACGACAUCUCUUGAGGCAGUUCUACAUUGGAGCUUAAAGGGCGAUUAUCCUGUUCAAGAGGUGGAAUUAGCAGGCACGACGAACUGCGGAACAAACACUACACCGAGGCGAUUUUAUUCUCAUCCGGGCCAACUCUGCAUCUUGUCCACAGCCCCUUGAUUCGUCCAUCUCCUGUUCAGCUGGACACGGGACAGCUGCAGGUACAAGCUGCAUGCCUUGCAUUGUCGGCAAGACUGCAGACCGUUAGAAGAUUAUCUGUGCAGCUGCAGUGUAUCCCCCAAACACCAAAACUCGACAACGGCCGUGGAUCGCCCACAUUUGACAUCCAUGUACAGCCUGGGCGACAAGCAUCACCCCAGUAUCUGAUCGGUGUCAUACAAUCAGUAUACUGUCAAAGAUAAUGAGCUCAGCCGCGGCACCUGCCACGUAUUACAGGAGAACCUCGAGGUCUGAUUCAGCGUCCUCCUCGUCGCAAACCAUCAGAAAGUCCGCCUCCGUCUCUGUAAGACCGGGCCGAAAUGCCCAGUUGAAAGGAAGGUCGAAAAGCCCGGAUCGCAUACUGCCUAGUACGACAUACUUUCGCUUCGAGAGGAGUCGGUCGCAAAGUCGACCUGAGAACAAAUUUGACCCCAAAUCUUUGGGGCCGAAUCUGAACAUCAACCGCUGGUCACAUUCGACUUCAUCUAGUGUCUCUGCCAUUGAUACUGAAGCUGUUCGUGUAAAAGCAAACACUUCGCGACGAAGGAGUAUAGAACCGUCGCUGAUGUCUUCGAUUGUGGCAGCGGGAAGGCUAGAACCUCCGCAAAUAUCGAUGAGAUCUUACAGCCAAAGUCCUCAUAGGAAACAGGAUUCAGGACAUCUUCAGGUCGACCGCAUCUAUGCUACUCGAGAUGUGAGUCCCGGUGCGGCUUCUCCUCUCACACCCACUUCUAUGUUCAAUCCAAGCGCCAGUGAAUUCUUCGGAGAGACUUGGCAGAGUAAAAGAAUUGGCAAACCUGGAGAGCCCGUCGCAAUGUCUGUACAUUAUCUGAAGACCGGGACCCCGGGCGCCAAACCCAUGGACAAUAUCGCCUCACAGUAUAUCGCGCAACCUGUCCGGCCCAGUACGCAAGAGAGAAGUCUCGAAGCCAUUGCACAGGAUGAAACGAACGAGGCUGCAGCAUCCAGUGGACCGGCACGUGGACGAAGUCAUCGGAGUCCUACCCAGAAGACCAUGCUGUCCAAAGCGCUUGCAAAAGCAAACACUGCCGUGCUUCUGGACAACGCUCAGAACAUAGAAGGCGCCCUAGAGGCAUACGCCGAGGCUUGUGACCUUUUGCAGCAAGUCUUGGUUCGGAGUUCAGACCUGGAUGACAGAAAGAAGCUAUCAGCCAUCAGAAGUACCUAUUCCAAUCGGAUAGCGGAACUUCAUGAUUUGGACGACUCCUUCUCGGGCCUGAUGGAGAAAGCACUGCCCGAAGAUCCUCCAUUGGACGACGGCAACCAUUCAUUUUUCACAAGCGACGGUAACGAACCAGAUACAACUGGGGUGUUGGAAUCGGUGCAAAUACCUCCUCGGGGGGAAUCGUUGCUACCUGAAAUCUUUGGUGGAGAAACCUACCUCAGUGAAGCGUCCCGCAAAAGGCUACAAGUCCCCAGUCUUGCUGUUCCCAUGGACACUCAAUAUAUGCCACCUCCACUUUCUCCUAGGAGGCCACUGUCUUUGUCUUCUGAUAGAGAUACGAGUACCCCGCUGGCGACCAUGAGACCUGAUGAUGUGGUGAAAAGCAUCCUCCACGCACGAGAGGGGAGUACGGAAUCUACUUCGUGGUUGGACACUUUUGAGGACGGCGACUCUUCGUCUAGGUCUUCUCGGUUGUCGUCAAUUGAUCUUGGAAUCGAUCAGAAUCAGAAUCUUGUCGACGAGAUUGAAGCAGAAUUUGAUGCCGCUCUCAAUGCCGCUGUCGAUGCAGCUUACGACGACGACAUCGCUGAAGAUGCCACGCCUAAGCCAGAUAGGAUUGGGCAGGAGUCGUUCAAUGCGACACUUCCGCCGUUGCAAUCAACAUCGCAGAGGCGACUAUCUCAACAAUUGAACUUGAAUCUGACAAGUGAAUAUGACGAGGGUACCUCGUCCGACGAAGAAGAGAGAAUCCUGGAAGAGAUGACGAAAGGGUACGUCUUUGAUGAUUUCUCAUUCGACAACAAAUCCAAAUCUGCUCUUCCUCGACAAUCAGACUCAAGCACGAUUUCUGGUCGAACUUGGGCGAGUUCAAUCCCCUCCACGACCGCAACGAAUGCUACAGCCUUGAGUACGCUCAAAGAAACCCAGGAACCUAUCUCUGAACUGUCACCAAGACCUACUCCUCCUGCAAAAGACACUCCUCCAUUGACGUCGCCUCCAAAGACAGCACUGCCUCCUGCUCCUGUGUUACCGUUCCCUAAGCCAAGUAGCAGACCCCUUAGUCUUGAGAAGCCUGGUGGGCUUGGUAUUCGGGAGAGGAGAUUUUCAGGUCGAACUGGUGAGCAGCUCAAGAUUGAGACUUUUGCACGACGCAGCUCUUCAACCCAGCCACCAAAACCAGUGAACGCAGCAUCAUCUGUCACAGAGGCUUCCUCUACCGCCCCAAGGGCUCCUCAUACAGCACCAUUAGAGCCUACAACCUCAUCGGUGGUAGGCGCACCUCUUCUGCCAAUAGCAACUGUGCCAUCAAUAGAGUCCUUCCAAAGUGAUUCUCCUGCUACACCUGCUCUGACUCAGGGUGGGUCUCAGGGAAGCAUUGAUGAUGCUAUGAUACCUCCCUCGCCCUCUAAGUUGGGUAAGAUGGUGUCAUCUCAAGGAGAUAUUAAGAAGAAUCAUUCGUCAACUAGUCUGAGAAUGAGGAACCUGUCAGUCGCCACCAGCGAAACAAACAACGAGUCCCCAAUCACACCGGGCAGCAGCAGUUUCAACAGUGAAAUGAAGAAGGUCCCACCUCCUCUGCCUUCUGCAGCCUUGCCAACUCCCUCAACUGCUGCAUUCGGCCCGCAUCUCCUCCAUUCGGGGGGGUUGUACCUGUUUGACGAUCAUACUGGCAUUCCUACCUCGCCCAAAACUCCCAGGACUCCUAGUGCUUCACUGGAUCCUCCUUACCCUCUCGAACCUUGCCCCGAGUCUUCCUUACUUCGACCCUUCUGGUUGAUGCGGUGUCUGUACCAGACUCUUGCCCAUCCAAGAGGCGGUUAUCUGACUACAAAACUGUUCAUCCCUCGAGAUAUCUGGCGAGUACGGAAUGUCAAACUAAAGGCUCUCGAAGACAAAGUCUUCCAGUGUGAUCUGCUGACCGCCGCGUUACUAAAACUGGCCAAGGUGGAUACAUUGGACGCUGAUGCAAUGCUUGAAGAGUUGCAAUCUUUCGAGACUGUCCUAGACCAAGUUCGGGUGACGUUGCUUAAGAAGAUUGGCAGCGACGUGGGCUUUGGUGGGUCUUCAAACAUGUUCAAACCAGGAAAAGAAGAACAAGAAGGCAAGAACAACAAUGCAGCUGCAAAAGGAUUUGCCUCGAGCUGGCGGAAGCUUCGGUCCAAGUCCAGCGCUCCUGCAAUUGGACCAAAUGGGUCAAAGGACCCUUCGGCUCCUGGCUUGACCAUGGCCUCGCUACCUAUGACAUCGUCCAACUCGGUGCAUUCAUCACGCUCACAUCACAACCGAAAGAUGGUUCCACCUCCAACUCCGACGGCGCUGUCCAAUAUCCAGCCCAUCCAUGCCAUGUACAUGUCGAGCUUGGCCCGUCUGUUUGAUGCUGCCCAAGUACUCGAUGGGAUCGCACGGCAAGUCGAAGAUCCAGGGCUGAAGUGCAGCAACAAGACGCAAGUCGGAUUGGAACUUGGAGUCAAAAAUGCAGCGGAGUUUUUCGCCUUUUACAUCAUCCGCUUCGUGAUGGCAGAUCUGAUGUUGAUGAUUGACAAGUUCAUCAAAAGGGGCACAGAGUGGGUGUUGACAUGAAUAACGUCCCGAUCCCGUCACAGCGUGCAAGUCAGCGCCGCUACUUAUUUUGCUUAUGCUAUGCAUUUUUGAGGUGUUUGUUGUGCUUUUUAUCUGAUGUCUUUUAUGAUACCAACUACCGGCUGUCGCUAUUUUCAAUUUAUGGGGGGAACAGGUGCAGGCUGGGUUCACAACAAUGGACGUAGCUGUGAGCACUGGGAAGUCUGGGCUGUCCAGGCAGGCGUAGUAGAGUAUAAAUUACAGUCAGUUAUGGUCUGGUGUAUAUACAACAGGAGCUACGACGUAGGAAAGCUACAAGAUAGUGUGAUAUGAGAUACCAAGGUAGCAGAGACGAUCUGAGACAUACAGUUGAUAAUCCGUCG